GGAAAAAAUGUCAGGCCUCACAGCCCUCUAAGGCUGAACACAGCAGGGUCUCUCAGCAUCAGCACACUGCUCUCUCUGCUGCAGCGAAUAUUCUCAUGUUUCAUUUCAACUUGAGCUGCUCUAAGGAGCUAAAAGCACAGGGCCAGUCGUCUCCUGUUGAAUGACAAUAUGCGGCAAUAUUUCCUCGUAAAGACGUUUCCAUGGCCUUGGUCUAGGACAGACGAUGGGCAGAAUGAAUCCAGCCCUCUCAUCCCAAAGUCAGGUGCUGCAAAAGCAGAGGAUGAGGAGCUUGGCCAUGCUGAUGGAGAAUUUCAAACAGGGACAUCCAGCAAUCAGGACGACAACAGUCCUACAAGAAUCCACCCUUAUUACAGUUAUUCUUUGAUGGACUAUUUCCUAAAAUACUUUUUGUUCCUGUGCAACCUGGUCUUCACAGUUUUGGGACUGGUGGUCCUCGGUUUGGGAAUCUGGGGGCUCGUCAGCAAAGAAUCCUUCGCCCAGGAGAAGAUCGGGAAUAUCGGCACGGAUCCGAUGUUGAUACUGCUGACUCUGGGCUUUCUGCUCACUCUGCUUUGUCUGACGGGUUGUGUCGGCGCCUUGAGAGAGAACUGCUGCUUGCUGAAGCUGUUCUCUGCCAUAGUGCUGGUGCUCAUCACGAUCCAGGUGCUGUUCGCGAUCGUGGCCUACAGCAUGCAGGAUCAGAUUGAAGGGUACCUGCGGUCAGGGAUGUUAGCUGCCAUGGCGGGCUAUCAAGAUGAUCUGGACCUGAGGUUCAUCACAGAUGAAAUUCAGUUGGGUCUGCAGUGCUGUGGGGCGGAUACCUACUGGGACUGGGAGGUCAACGUGUAUUAUAACUGCUCAUCCCCAGGGGUGCUGGCUUGUGGCGUCCCUGCAACAUGCUGCGUGGACCCUUUGCAGAACGGGACGGUGUGGAACUCACAGUGUGGCGUAGGAGCCCAGCUCCUGGAUGAGUUCAGCGCUCAGAGUGUCAUCUUUCUGGGGGGUUGUCUGGGUGGAAUCUCUCGUUGGAUCGAGCAGCACGAGGGAAUGAUCGGGACCGUUGGAGUUGUUGUGGUGGGGGUUCAGAUUAUUGCUGUGUUCAUCACCACAAGGUUGUUGGAAAGCAUCAACUGGCACAAAGCUCAUGCAUGAAAUAAAUACAACAUGUAGUUUAAAGGA